AUCGUCAUCCCAAGCUUUGGGUUUCAAUUCCCAAUGCAAAGAUGAUAACAACUUUCUGCUGUUCUGUGAAACAAAACAAGAGUUGAAGGUGGGAGUGUUGUUUCAGUUAGCCUUUUGGAUAAUCAAGCAAGGUUAGGAAAAUGGGGAGGAGGGAGUGGUACCACAAAGGUAGUAGUACUGGUUGCAUGAGUGGUAUGCUCAAUUUCUUUGAUUUCCACCAACUUCUAUUCACCACAACAAAUGUAUCCUCCAAAAAUAUACCAAGCAUUUCUCUUGAUUCUUUGCCGGAAGUUCGUUCCGGUUUGGAAGCUCCAAGAAAUAGCUUGGAGGAGCUCAAUGAUGAGGAGCAGGAGGAGGAGUACUUUGAUGUUCCGGUUGGAGUGAGGAUCAAUCAAGAACCAAAGGCAGUGGUAACAAGAAGAGAGAAAAUGGAGUUUUAUUUAGAGGAGGAGAGGAAGAGCUCAUCAUCGUCAUCGCAAGCGGCGACACCGAGAACGCCGAGUCUUGUUGCUAGACUCAUGGGCUUGGAUUUGUUGCCGGAGAGAUCAUCUUCUUGUUCUUAUUCAUCACCGGCGACACCGGUAGCUUCUGUGAUCACUAAAAGGAUGAAGAAAAAGAAAGAUUUUGAUAAUGUGCAUGAAUCGAACUCGCGCAAACCUCUUCGGAACUUGAACUGUAAUACCAAUGGAUCUCGAUCACUUCCCGAUUCUCCAAGAGCUUCAUCGGUGAGGAAAUCUUGUGAUGUCGAACCGAGGUUAUCGCUUCAGCUUAAUAAAGAGAAUGUAUUAGAUUGCAAGACAUCAAGCAAAAGUGGUAAUUAUGCUACUGAGAUUGUUAAGCAAGUGAAGGAGAGUAUACUGAGUAAUAGAAGAGAUGCUACAUUGGGGAUUGCUAGUGAUGAGAAUGGUGGCAUCAAGUCAAGAAGAACAAGAACUUGUGAGAGAUCUAAUAAAUCAAGCAAGUCAAUAUCAACUACUUCCUCAAUAUUUUCUAAUCACAAUAUAAAGUUUCAAAAACCUGUGAAACCAACUCGCUCGCCGCCGCCACCGCCACCACCUCCACCUCCUCGGCUCGACAUCAAAAAGCCGAAUAUCAAGCCGAAGAAAUACGAAAAGAAAGCCGGAUACGAGCGCUUCACGAAAAAUGUCAAGAAGAAAUCCAAAACAAAAGAAACACAAAAAGCAACUCAAACCAAGGUGAAUCAAGACUUUGAGUUGAAAUACAUAAGAUCAGUGCUGGAGCAUGCUGAUUUAUUAUCAGCUGGUUCACACUCAAAUUUCAAUCCCAUAGAUCCAGUACUAUUCCAUCUGCUAGAGCUCAAACUCCCACCACUAGACCAACACUGCACCGGACCAUUCAAAAACAGGUGGAAUCGGAAGCUGCUUUUUCAUCUCGUCGUAGAAAUUAUUGGAGAACUUGCUCAACACCAAUCUUUCGCCACAAAAACUACAGAGUCCCUUUUUAAUCACAUUGCUAAACAAAUAAAUAGCUACCCGGGAGCCAACUGUCAAGUUCUCGACGACAUCGAUGCGUUGAUAGAGGGAGAUUUGCCGGAGAGAAACGUCCGGCGACUGUUAAAACACCCGGCGGUGGAGAUGGAGGUGGUGGAGAUCAUGGAAGAGAUUGAAGGAGAUAUAGUUGAAGAGCUCAUUGGAGAGAUGGUGAUGAUGACGUAGGAUGAAGUCAGCUCCGUCACUCACUGGCCUGAGAAUCUUGAGAGAUUCUACGGCGUGGAAGAGGACGUGUGGCCAGUGACCCCAAUUUUUAUGUACAUAAUAAAAAUGGAGGUUUUUCCUUUUUCU